AUGGACGGCGACUGCAUACACUGCUAUGUCUGCGACAAGGUCUGGCCCAAAGGUCGAGAUUCCCCCGAGUCCCCUGAGCCUCGCCCAUCACGACUGGCAGAUUCGCCACGCCCCAACCCGUGGGGAUAUAACAGUGCCUGGGAAGAAGAGGACAAUGGGGCAGCCUCCGGGCUCUUCGGGCCCCCUCCUCAGUCCAGUUCCUUCAGAACGUACUCAUCUCCCGAUGGAAGGUUCCAAUUCAGCAGUGCAACACUGAACACUCGAUCAUCUGGUCAACAGCAUGCGAAUGGCAACCCUAUGAUGCCGCUCCUAAUGUCAAACAUCAACUCCAUAUUCCAAAAUCUAUCGGAGCCUUCGGGGCGACCACACCGAGGGCCGCCGGGGCUUGGGGAGAAUCCUUUCCUCUCUUCUACUGAUCCAGACUGGCUCAACGAUGACCACCUAACUGGGCAUCACCCAGGCAACAUGUCUCCCCAUACCGGAUCUCCCCGCUCAAGAAACAACCCCAGGCCACUGGACGAUGUAUUGAGAGCUGCCCAGGCGGAAUUGGGAACUAUGCAUCCUACACGCGGACCUCCAACCCCACUUUCAAUGCUGUCAGUCAUAUUGAACUUGUCUCAUCCCCGAAGCGCAGAUGCUGCAUAUUCCCAAGAAGAGUUUGACCAUCUCAUAACAAGAUUAAUGGAGAACAAUGGAGAUACUGGAACUGCAGCGCCACCAGCAACCGAAACUGCCAUUCGAUCUUUGCCACGAAAGAAAGUUGAUAAGGAGAUGAUGGGCACCGAAGGUAAUGCGGAAUGCUCGAUCUGCAUGGAUAAUGUAGAACUUGGCACGGAGGUUACCGUCCUGCCCUGUACACACUGGUUUCAUUACGACUGCAUCGAGGCAUGGCUCAAACAGCAUAACACUUGCCCACACUGUCGGCGCAGCAUUCAUGCGAAUGUUGGAUCAGGAGACGGUUCCUGUGAGAAUCCACUUGUGAUCCAGGAUAGUCCCGAGCAGCCAUCUCGCCGUCGCCUCAGUUCAGCCCGAACCUCACGCAGUGGUCGGUCUUCUUCCUCUGUACAGAACCAAACUUCACCCCACCUCGCCCCACAUCGAUCUCCAGACCAAGAGGCUAGAGAAUCUGGCCAACGACGAACCAGUCGGGGUGAAGGUUCAAGGGUCCCCAGUUGGUUUGCGAACCGAUUCAGCAGCAGCUCUUAA